AUGUCGGAUCACAGCGCAAAACGCCAACGCCUGGACUCGAUCGGAAGAUUCUCACCCGCAAGCCCGCCCUUUGACGUCGCUGCCAAGGCGAGCAGCCAGACGACAAAGACUCUUGUCCAGCCCCGGACACCCACCUCGCCACCCUACUCCUCGAUGAAUCCCAUGACCAAUGGAGGAUUCGCCACGACUACUAACACCACGGUGUCGUCGGACAGGUCCCCCCAAUCCUCGCUGCCCAUGUCCUACUCGCACUCGCACUCGGCGACGUCGGCAUCCAACCAGCAUCCCUUUCCAACCCCCGCCAGCACCGCAGGCUUCAUGUCCAGCGCCACUGUCGACAGCGACGGUGAUGCGACGAUGGAGGAAAGCGCCGACGAUGACUCUGCCUCCCUAGCCCAUCACAGACUCUCCAACCACAACCGGCGAGACGCUUCCGCCUACACAAAGGACGGUCGAUUACGAGCUGCCCAGGGCAUCAGCGGCUCCCAAUUGUUCAAGAUGGACAAGGAAAAGAUUGAGACGUCACGGCCGCAUCCGACGCAAAAUUUCAUCAGACUUUACCGGCUCGAACCGCUCGCUAGCUCUGUAGCACGCAAUGACCCGGUAACAGGCGAGAAGAUUAACAAGCUUCGCAAGUCCUACGAGGGCCAUAUAAAGCAGAUGCAGAUUGCCGGCAAGCCAAAGGCAACCAAGAUGGACGGCGUCUUCCGCAACUUAUUGGCCAUACCGGACGAAAUCUGGCAACCCAACCACGUGCAGAACAGGGAGCCGGCCAAGACUGCUCUGACGCCGGACGGCACCGCAUUGCUUCCGGAUUUCAGCGCCCUUGUCGAUAGCGCCUUCGCCGGCAUGGGUGCUGGCUCUUUACCCAACCACGAUGCCGCCAAAUACAAGGCAUACCUAGGCACUGAUGACGCUAUCAAACCGAAAACCCAGGAUGCGCCACUGCAACGGACGACACCAUACACCUCGUCAGCACCCACACCAACAAACCACGUUAAUAGGGGAGGUGUGAGACCAGAACGAUCAGGGUCAAAACGCGCCUACACAGACGCUGCGUUCCAAGGCUACGGCGAAGGCUUCAACGACGACUACGCAGACUCGACAGGUGGAGAAGACACGCCAGGCAGUAUGGCGAACAAGAGGCGGAAGCUCCAAUUUGAACGAACAUCGCACUCUGUGGAAGUAGGCGGUGCACGACGAUAG